AUGCCCAACCUCGAUCCUCUCACACCCAAGCUGCUCGAGCCUCACAAUGAGAAAGAACCCGAGGUCGAAUACUACCAAAUCCCCCAUGAAUCCAUUGACGACAUCGAGGAAGCCGUUCCCAAGAACGAUGCUGGCCAAGCCCCAUCUUGGGCCCAGCCGAAUGGCGGCCGCUCCCAUCGGCUCUGGGUCCUUGCUCCCUGGUUUCUGGCAGCAAUGUGCGGCAAAGCAACACGGAAACAGAGCAAGGUGACCUCGACAACAUAUAUGAACGGCAUCCGAGGCCUAGCAUGUAUUAUCGUCUACUCAUUUCACGUCGUGUCGUACUACUAUCAAGCCUUCGCCAACCCCUGGGGCGCGGCUCCUGCAGAACUGAACUACGGCAUAAGCCAGCUGCCAUUCGUGCGCAUUGUGCUGGCUGGAAAGGCUAUGGUGUGCCUGUUCUUCGUACUGUCAGGUUUCGUACUGGCCUACUCUCCCCUCCGCACGAUAUCGGCCAGGUUGUCAAACAGUUCGUCCAACACCAGAUCGUCUGACGACCUCAUUGGGAAGCUGUGCUCGUCCAUGGUCCGCCGUGGUAUCCGCCUGUUCAUGCCUUUGAUCGUAUUGGCCUCUAUCACCUGCAUCGUUACGUGGUAUUAUCCGAUCUUUCCCCCGGGUACAUGGCGAGAUAAUAACCAGACCUUUUGGGGCCACAUAAUGGGUUAUGUAUCCCUUACAUUACCCGUUAUGGAUCCUUACUUGUGGUCCGUGUACGCGCCGACCUCCUUUAACCACUGUUGGACCUUAGGUGUGGAGUACCGCGGAUCGAUGAUCAUCUUCAUGCUAUGCGUCGCCGUGGCCGACCUGGGCAAGCGUUGCCGCAAGCUUGUCAUCGCCGUCUCUGCCCUCUGGGCACUUCAUUUCGGCCACUGGGAGGUCUUCUGCUUUAUGGCUGGUAUGUUCCUGGCCGAGCUGCGCUUCAACCCCCUAUCCGAGGACUUCGCAUUCUUAACGUCGAAUCGUCGCUCGUGGCAGCCGGCACCGAUUGGGGACCUGGGCCUAAAAUCCUCGGGGCGCGACCACCGCCACCAAUUGUUCAAAACGGCCUUUUUCUCUGGCCUGCUUGUCUUUGCGAUAUUUGUCAUGGGCUGGCCGCAGGGCGGGCACCAGGGAGUCGAGCCGUAUAACACUCUAGUAGGGCUGGUCCCGAUCUUAUACCAAGGCAACAACGAUGCCACCGUGUGCUUCUGGGGCAGUGUGGGAGGAUUCUUGCUGCUAGUAGCGUGCGAGAACUUACCGUGGGUGCAGUGGUUGUUAUCGACACCACCUAUGAUCUACCUUGGCGACAUCAGCUUUUCCUUUUAUCUGCUACACUGGUUGAUAUACCUGGCCCCUGGCGUCGAAAUCUUGAAGUUAUUUGGCGACUUCGGCUGGUCUACUGAUGCGAGCUUUUACACUAUGUAUGUAAUUGUCUUUGCUAUGAUCGUCGUCGUUGCGGACUACUACUGGCGGUUGGUGGAUGAGCCCAGUGUAGCUCUGGGCAGGAUACUCUUCAACAAGGUUAAGGCUCAGAAAAAUGAAGAGUAG